GGCGGGGGACAUUGGGGCUGGUGGUGGUGGCGGUGGUGGUGAUGUUGGUGGAGGCAGGCACGGGUGAGGCAACACGAGUCACAAGGCCUGGCGUCAGUGACGGGAGUAUGCGCGAGGGCCUUGGCGGUGGCGCCGGCGGCAGUGGCACACAGCAGGAACAUAGUGAUCCGUCGAUGUUGGCGUACAAGGUGCUGUCGCAAUUGUUCCUCGAUACGGGCGGACCCAGCUGGACGUCUUCGACCAACUGGCUGGCGAACCUGUUUGUGUGCUCAUGGGAGGGCGUCCACUGCACGUCAGGCUUUGAGACGGUCGUCGGGCUUGAUCUGAGCAACAACAACCUGGUGGGGAGAAUCCCGGCGUAUCUGUUUAACAUCACCACGCUGAGCUCGAUUGACUUUUCCACCAACGUCCUCCGUGGCACGUUUCCAGACAUCUCGGGCACUGCACUGACCACAGUUGCGAUCUCCAACAACCAGUUUGACAGCAUCGACAACGUUUUCCUUGCGCCCGCGCUCAACGAGUUGCACGCAAACUACGCGCUUGCGCCACGGGUGGGGCCCCUUCGCCACGUCCCGCGCAACCCGGUCCAGGGCGGCAGCUCGACCGUGGCGUACCUCUCGCUCCGUGGCAACAUGAUCACAACCGGCUUUGACCAGGCCUUUCUCAACAGCGUCCCCAGCUUGGAGUUCCUGGACCUAUCGUUCAACGAGCUGGCGACUCGGAUCGAUAACCUGACUCUGCCGCAGUUCUUGGACUUUCUGGAUUUGAAGUCCAACUCUCUCGUGGGUGGCCUCCCCAGCAACCUGCCCUUCGGUCAGUUUUAUUUGGCGAACAACUCGCUGACGGGCAUGAUCAGCUACGGCGACGCGCAGACACUGGAUCUUUCAUUCAAUAACUUUGAUGGGGCCCUCAGCGAGGACGUACCGGAUACGCUCGUGACGUUUUCGGCCGACCACAACCUGUUGACCGGUCAGAUCCCCAACGGGCUGGCAUGCUCGGAUACGAUCCGUUACUGCGACCUCGGUGGCCAGGAGGGGCCGGAGCCGCUCAAGUGUCCAUCGAAGUGCAUUAGGAACCAUUGCCAAGUCUACCAGUGCUCGUCGUGUGGCUUGAGCGCGUGCUCGUCAUCGGAUGAGUGUCAAGAAGCGGGUGGACCGUGUAAUCUGUGCAUCAACCACAAGUGUCAGGCACCACCGCCUCCGCCGAGUCCGCCGGCACCGCCUCCGCCACCGGCACCGAUUCCGCCGCCGAGUCCACCAAGCCCACCGCCGAGCGCGCAUUCGCGCAGCCCGAGCGGACUCUCCAAGGGAAAGACGGUGGCUGUGGUUCUUGUGGUGGUUCUUGUGGUGGUUUGCGUCGCUGGGUUUGUGGUUCUCCAGCGAGUGCUCAAGCCUGGCGGGCGGGCGCGCGGUAGCAGGAGCGGAGGCGAGACGUCGACGCUGCUGCCCAAGCCAUCUGUGCUCCAGCAGUACACGUCGAACCUUAACGCGUCGUACACGAUUGACGAGGUGGAUCCGGCAGUGUCGUCGCUAUUCAUUCCACUGGCGGACAUCUCGCUCGGCCCGGAGCUGGGGCGUGGGACGUACGGCUCGGUGUACUUUGCGACGUGGAACGGACGGCCGUGCGCGGUGAAGGACAUGCGGCUCAACGGCGAGGACGUACAGGUGGCGCUGCACGAGAUCGGGGUCAUGGCGCAGCUUCAGCACCCCAACAUUGUGGAGUUGUACGGGUUCUCGCGCGGCGACGUGUCGGUAUACAUUGUGAUGGAGUUGGUGGAGGGUGGCUCGCUGCGAGAGUUUGUUUCGUACGCGGCACAGCAUCUCGAUCUGGUGAUGGCGACCAAGAUUGCGAUUCUGCAGGAGGUGGUGGCUGGACUGGAGUUUAUGCACUCGCACGGCGUCCUUCACCGUGACAUCAAGUCGGCCAACAUCCUGCUUCAGAUGGAGGGUGACGAGGUGCUUGCCGCCAAACUCGCCGACUUUGGCUUUGCCAAGGUCCGCGCCGACUCGGGCUCGCUGGCCUCGAUCCAGACCAUCCGUGGCACGCCGGUGUACAUGGCGCCCGAACUGCUGCUGCAGUACUAUCAGGGCGCGGCCGAAGCUUGCUACUCCAAGGCCGCAGACAUCUUUUCACUCUCCAUUGUCGCGUACGAGAUGCUCACCGAGUCAAUUCUCUUCCGCGCCAAGCGGUUCUCGGCGGCCAUGACGGCGUCGGGUCGGCGGCCGCCGUUCAACGACGAGUUUGCCACUCGCUACCCGCAGCUUGUCGAGCUCAUCUCGCACGCUUGGGCUGCAAAUCCGGUCGACCGACCGUCAAUCUCUGAGUUUGCCGCAGCCCUCGACCUCGUUGCCGAGCAGCUGCCAGCCGACGAUGGGCCGCUUCUCCGGCGCGAUGACGUGUGAGUGAAGAGUAGGCAUGAAAAGGAGCCAAAUGAGGGUGUGCCU